AUGACAGGCGGAAUCAGUAAAGUUGACCAACAAUGGGGAAAGACAGACAACCAACUCCCAGAUCACUCACACAGACAACCAGGCAAAGAGUAUGAAACUGGACAAGUAAACUCCCACUCAACGCUCGACUCAAACGACCAGCGCUCACUUAACGAGAAGUUGAAAGCUGCUUCACACUUGGAAAAGGAAGAGCAUAAGAAGGAGAAAGAAGCUGGUCCACCACCAACUGCACCAGCCGUAUUUCACGGUAAUGAACCAUCUAGAGGCGCAAAGGUUGAUGAAAAUCUUGGAAAAGAAGACGAAGCUGUUCUCAAGAAGAAGGGUCUCGCUUAA